CUAUAUCUCAUUGGAGGAUCUUUUGGACUCCGUGAAUUUGCUCAAAUAAGAUACGAUGUCCACAAACUACAUGGCAAGGUUGAUCCAGCUUUGAAAGAAAAAUUGAAGCAGAACACUGUGACACUGGAAUCUGAAUAUGAGAAGCUGGAAAAGUCUGACCUGAAUAACUGGGAGAACAUCAGAGGACCCAGUCUGUGGGAAGAUUCCAGGACUGUUCAGAAGCAGCGGCGGGAGGCUCUCCGUCUCAAGACAGAGUGA